AUUUUAUUAACCUCGAAACGGACGAGAGUACGCCCUUCAUUUCUCCUUCCUUGUGUUCAGUGGUGAGACCCCGCUUUCAUCUCAGACGCUAAAGCGUUACCUUGACAACGGUGAUCGUCAAAGGAAAGCUUGUAGAAUUGUGUGAAUUAUGGCUCCUCCAAGUUUUGCAGAUUUGGGUAAACAAGCACGUGAUAUUUUCAGCAAAAACUAUCAUUUUGGCUUAGUAAAACUAGAAUGCAAGACAAAAACUAGAUCAGGAGUUGAUUUUACAGUAAGUGGAACAUCAAAUAAUGAUACUGGAAGAGUUAAUGCCUCAUUGGAAUCAAAAUACAAGCUUUCUGAAUAUGGAAUUACAAUGAAAGAAAAAUGGAACACAGAUAAUACACUAGCUACUGAAAUUUCUAUGGAAGAUCAGUUAAUUAAAGGCUUAAAAAUUGCUUUUGAUGCUACCUUUGCACCUCUCAGUGGGAAGAAAACUGGAGUUAUGAAAACUGCAUUUAAGAAUGAAAAUGUUAAUUUAUCUACAGACAUAGAUUUUGAUUAUGCAGGACCAGUAGUACAAGGUUCAGGUGUAGCUGGUUAUCAAGGAUGGCUUGCUGGUGUUCAAUUAGCUUUUGAUACUGGAAAAAAUAAACUUACUAAAAGUAAUUUUGCUGUUGGGUAUGCCACUGGCGAUUUCAUGUUAAAUACACAUGUAAAUGAUGGACAAGAGUUUGGAGGUAGCAUUUAUCAAAAUAUUGAUGGUAAACUUGAAACUGGAGUUCAGCUAUCUUGGACUGCUGGCAGCAAUGCUACAAGAUUUGGUCUGGGCUGUGUAUAUAAAUUGGAUGAUGAUACUUCACUUAGAGCCAAAGUUAACAAUUCCAGUCAAAUUGGUCUUGGUUUCACUCAUAGGUUGAGAGAAGGUAUUCAGUUACAUCUUUCAACCAUGAUAGAUGGCAAGAAUUUCAAUCAGGGAGGCCACAAAUUGGGUCUCGGCCUAGAGCUCUCUGCGUGAUAGUUCUCUAUCAGUACAUCAAACAUGGAUGAUUUAAUAGAAUCAGUUUAGUAUGUGAACAAAAAAAAAUAUUGAUACGGUUUAGGUCUGAUAGUUUGCAGUAGUUGUACAGUGUGAAGAUUCAUUACCUGGAAAUCGUUCCCUUUUUAAAGCCUAGUUCUUCAACGAACUAGACUUUAUUUCAUAGAUUCAAAAUUGUAGCUUUUUCCUAUUGGAAACAAUUUUUUUUGUAUGCAACUGACAAAGUAAAAUUGCUAUAACUUAUUUCAUUGUAUAAGGUAAAGUUUCACUUUAAUCAAUUGUCAGUGUUUGAUGUGGCCAUCUAUCUUAUGAUCUGAUAGAAAAAAUUUAAAUAUGAAUCUGUUAACUGCUGUAGUUAGUACUCAGAAGAAUAAAGCAAACUGGACUAUUAUUAGAAUUGUGUUUAAAUACUUAGAUCAUUAAAUUUAUUACAUUUCGUUUUAUACAAACUUACUCCCUUGCAAUCAUAAUUUAUAUAAAAAUUUGUGAAAAUUUGUAAUACCUUGCUUUUUUUUAUCAUUUUGUCUUACAGAUUGUGUAUAGUAUUUAUAAAUUUGCUUAAUAUAUUUAAAUUCUUAUACAAGAGGGUUAAAACCUGUUUAAAGUAUGUAAUAUGCAAAUCAAGGAAACUAAAUAAAGGACAGAAUCUUUUUU